GGUGGUUUCUCUGUCUCACAGGUGGACUUUAACCGCUGAGAGGACGAGAGCACAGAGGAGGUCUGGAGGAUGAACCCUCAGUGCGCCCGCUGUGGGAAGAUCGUCUACCCGACGGAGAAAGUCAGCUGCCUGGACAAGAACUGGCACAAAGGAUGUUUCCACUGCGAGGUUUGCAAGAUGACCCUGAACAUGAAGAACUACAAAGGCUACGACAAGAAACCGUACUGCAAUGCACAUUACCCCAAGACAUCGUUCACCAUCGUGGCCGACACACCAGAGAACCUGAGACUGAGACAGCAGAGCGAGCUACAGAGCCAGGUGAAGUAUAAGAAGGAUUUUGAGGAGAGUAAAGGUCGAGGGUUCAGCAUCGUGUCCGACACUCCAGAGAUGCAAAGACUCAGAAGGACUCAGGAGCAGAUCAGUAUCGCCAAGUACCAUGAGGACUUUGAGCGGGCGCGCGGCCGAGGCUGUACGCCGGGAUUGGACGAUCCCAGCAUGGAGCGCUACCAACGAGCCAAUCAGAUGAUGGGAGAGGCGGGCUACAGCAAAGGGAUCCACUCCCAGUCGAUGGAGAUGGACAGACGACCAGGAGGCAUCAUUGUCGACCUGAAGGUGUGGAGGACGGACCCGGGCUCCAUAUUUGACUUUGACCCUCUGGAGGACAACAUCCAGUCCAAGAGCCUCCGCAGGAUGUCUGAUCGGGCUGACCGCAGACUGAGCAGGCAGCACUCCCAGCAGUCUCUCAUCCACAGCCAGGCUCAGUCCGUUAGCUCGCUGACCUCUGACCCCUGGGACCGCAGCUCCACUCAGACUCCUGCUCCGGUCCUUCCAGGAGCGUACCAUCAGGGCGUCCACAUGCAGCAGCAGCAGCAGUAUCACGGCUACAUGCACCAAACCAGCAUGUCAUCUGUCAGAUCCGUCACCUCUCCACCGCACUCAGCCACCAUGCGUGUUUACCGGGCGCUGUACGACUACGCUGCUCAGGACCACGAUGAGGUCUCCUUCAGGGACGGUGAUGUCAUCAUCAACGCUCAGCCCAUCGACGAGGGCUGGAUGUACGGAACCGUGCAGAGAACCGGCAAGUCCGGCAUGCUGCCGGCAAACUACGUGGAGUGCUGCAACUAG